UCUAUAUUCGAGUGAACUGUCUGAGGGCAUAAAAACAAUUUUUGUAUUUUCCUUUUAGCAAGUGGUAAUUUGUGGUACUUUUAAAUUCGUGGAUACAGCAAACGGUCUUUUCGCAUGUCCUGGAAGCUUCGGUCUUCCAGUGCAGAGCCUGUCCAUGCAGUAGUCCAUUGGUUAGCGUAGAGUUCAAAACACCACAUAAAAAAACUAUUAUCAAAAUUCUCAAUUAAAGUUGUAUUAUAAAUCAUUCGAAAGCGAACCAUAUAAUGAGUUUGAGUUUCAACAAUUCACAAAAAUGCUCGUACAUAGAAAGUAAGCACUGCACCGAAUUGGACUUGGGUCAAAAGGCAAUCAACAACAGUCUGUCCGUGCGCAAUAUGCGAUACCAAGAUAAGGAUAAACUAUUUAGUUAUUCACUGAACUCGCUGGCCAAGCGAGACGACAUCGACGAUGAGGCCACUGGCUCGGGUACAGGUCUCGUUGGCCUGCAGAACAUUGCGAAUACGUGUUACAUGAAUUCGGCUCUGCAGGCGCUGAGCAAUCUUUCGCCUGUUACACAUUACUUUAUAAACUGCAGUGAUAUAGUGGAGCAUAUUGCAAGCACCCCACGUGCCAAGCCAGCGGGCUUGGCCAAAAGCUACCAGCGCCUGAUGCAGGAAAUAUGGCUGGAUGUCGACGAACCAAAGGAUUAUCUUGCGCCGCGUGGAAUAUUGUACGGCAUUCGAUCGGUGCAUCCCAUGUUUCGUGGCUAUCAGCAGCAUGAUACCCAAGAGUUUCUACGCUGUUUUAUGGAUCAGCUGCAUGAGGAGCUAACCGAGCCCGAGCCAGCACUGCCUCUGCAGCAACAGCUGACACAAAGUCAACAGCAGGCAAGCGAAACGGAUGACGAGAACUAUGAUGAUGUUCCAAAGACAUGUCACACGCCGACAGCAUCGGAGAGCGAGUACGAUACCUGCGAGAGUAGCAUCUCGGACCGAUCCUCGGAGGUUCUAAUGAAGACCGAGUACUAUAUAGCCCCGCAUCGGAAUAGCAGCAGCAAUCCAAUAUCCGAUGUAUCCACCACGCAACAACAACAACAACAACAGCAGCAGCAGCAACAAAGCCCGAAGUCAGUUCCAGAAUCGAAGCCCGUUGAGGCAGCUCAUUCAAUUAUAAGCGAUGUGUUCGACGGCAAACUGCUUUCGUCUGUGCAGUGCCUGACAUGUGAUCGCGUCUCGACACGCGAGGAAACAUUCCAGGACCUUUCCCUGCCCAUACCGACACGUGACUUUCUGAACGUGCUCCAUCAGACCCACAGCCUGAGCGUGCAGAGCCUUAAUGCAGCCGACUUGGCAUCGACGCGCAGUAACGAGGGCUGGAUUGCCUGGAUGUGGAACAUGGUGCGUUCAUGGAUAUUUGGUCCGUCGGUAACACUGUACGAUUGCAUGGCCAGUUUCUUUAGUGCAGAUGAGCUCAAAGGCGAUAACAUGUACAGCUGCGAGCGCUGCAACAAGCUGCGCACUGGCAUUAAGUAUUCCCGUGUGCUCAACCUGCCGGAGGUGUUGUGCAUCCAUCUAAAGCGCUUUAGGCACGAUCUGUCGUACAGCUCAAAGAUCUCGUCGCACGUGUACUUUCCGCUCGAGGGCUUUGAUAUGCGUCCCUAUUUACACAAGGACUGCACCUCGACGGUGCCCACCUACAAUCUGUGCUCCGUCAUUUGCCAUCACGGCACCGUGGGAGGGGGCCAUUAUACGUGCUAUGCGCGCAAUGCUUUAAAUGGGCGCUGGUACGAAUAUGACGAUCAGCUCGUCAUGGAAGUGACGCCCGACGUGGUGCAAAACUGUCAGGCCUAUGUGCUAUUCUACCAAAAACACAAUCCCCAAAUGAAGCUGGUACGCGAGGAGGCGAUCAACUUGUCCACAUCGAAUCCCUUGUACGAGGGUGACAUUCAGUUCUAUGUGACGCGCGAGUGGUUGUCACGAUUGGCCACGUUCGCGGAGCCGGGUCCGAUCAACAAUCAAGAGAUGCUGUGCCCACACGGCGGCAUUCUACAUUCCAAGGCGGCGCUAAUCAGUCAGAUAGCGGUGCCCAUUCCGCAGCCCCUGUGGGAUUUUCUGUACAAUCGUUUUGGCGGUGGUCCGGCCGUCAAUAUUAUAUUCGAGUGCGAGAUAUGUAAGCGAGCCGCCGACGCCCUUUGUCGUCGCCAGCAAUACGAGCUGGCCGUCUUUACCAAAUACAAUGUGCAGCAGAGUGAACUGGAUGCCACGGCCAUCUAUGCGAUUGCCAUGCCAUGGUUGCGCGCGUGGCAGCAAUUCCUGCGCGGCAUAACGAACAAGGAGCCGGGACCUAUAAACAAUGAUGGUAUUGCCGACACCAGCUAUCAGAAUGGCUCCACCAUCAGCUGUGUGCGUGCAGGAUCGGAUUAUGCACAGUUGAAUGCACCACUGUGGCGAUUUCUGCACGGCAUUUAUGGCGGUGGGCCGGAGAUAUUGCUGAGAAGCGCCUUGUCCGAGGCCGAUGAGAUCGAGAUAAUCGAUCAGGACGAUGACGAGGAUGAUGAGGACAUUACAGCUGACAUUUAUCAAUACAAUCACUCUGACACUGAAAGUAAUCUGGGCAGGGCCCAGUCUGACAGUCAUAGUGUUACGCCCUCAACAUCGCCAGAGCCGGAACUGCGACCCGUCGAUGAUGAGCAGGUGCCGCCCACUAAAGCCGAACCAGCCAACCCAGAACUGUUGCCCAACGGAGUGAUCAACAAUGCCAAUAAUAAUAAUAAUAAUAAUAAAAACAGUUCAAGGCGCAGCCGUGCGAGUGCCAAAACCAUCAAAGUUGCCGCAUUGCGCAUGAAUAUGCGUAAACGUGGUCGAAACUUUAAUGCCAUCAAGCAGCACACCGAUAUGUUUGGUGCCAAAGGUCAAUACAAUGUACAUUCGAAUGCCGGUGCUGAGGCUGAAGUGGAGGCUGAUAACACCAACGAGAAUCGCGAGAAGGAUGCGCGGGUGACAGUGAUAGGCAAUGCAUUUCAAACCGAGUACACGAUACCAUUCCAGAGCGAUAAUUUCCAGGUCAAUGGAUCGCGCGAUAAGAAGCGCGAGCUUAACAAGUUGCGCAACAAGAGCAACAACAACAAGGAGAACAUUAAGCUGCAGAAAUUCGUGAUGCUGCGCGAUACGAAUGGCGGAGCCAAUGAGGAGACUGAUAUAUGAUCGACAGCCAGUGCAAAUGUAAGAGGUCAACAAGCAUUUUCUAUGAGAGUCAAUCGCUGCCGACGUUUAAGCCAAAAGCAAAGUUUAGGCAUACAAAGUAGUUAAAUACCUCACUGUAACACAUGGGGUGGAGGCUAUAUAUAUAUUUACUCAUAUAUAUAUAUAUAUAUAUGUAUACAAAUACAUACAUGUAUAUAUAUACAUAUACAUGUAUGUAUGAGCUAUGUAAAAAUUGUAUUUAUAAAUGGAAACACAUGGAUUUCGAAACAUACACAACGGUAGUCCUGGUACGGGACGCGUUGCAUACAAACAAAAAAGUAAAUGAUAAAUGGAUUUAUUGGUAGUUAUACAAUAAGCAAGUGUACGGCUCUUUGUUCUAUAUCUUUAAUGCCCUCCCUCCCUCCCUUCCACUUUUUUCGUAACAAACUCUCUUAAAUUUACUGAA